AAAGUAUAAAUUGAUCGCCAUUUAAUAUCAGUUAAGGCUCAAUGUAGAUCUAUGUAAUUUAUUAUUUGUGUCGUUUUAUCUAUACAUUUAGUAAAUUACCUAAUAACAGAUAAUACUUCCAAAAUAAAAGAGACCAGCUGAUUGGAAAAGUUACGAAUUGAAUAUUAGUUUGUUAGAAAAAUACGAAAGUUUAGCCUUGAAAUCGCUUUUAUUUGGAUUGCAGAAAAUUUGAAACAUAAAAAAAAUUCAAUUUUUUCUAGUGAUAAACUUUUGACCUCGACUGUAUAUGUAAGAACGCCGAGAGAAACGAAUAAAAAUAAAAACCGAAUUACGAUAACAGCGAGAACAGAGUUGUAUUGAACGGCGUUUGGGCAAUACAUCAAACAAGGCAUACCAGAAAAAGAUAUGUCGUUUUAUCGUUUAAAAUAUUUUUGGCCAAAAAAUUUGUCAAACACAACGUUAAUCGUAAAUGAAUUACGUUGUAUGCAAAUACCGGCUAAAACGUCAAAUCGAUUACGAGCCAUCAAUGUGUUGUCUGUACAUAAUCGCCAUCAUCAUACAUUAUUACAAUGUAGUUUAACGUCAAAUACACAACAAAUCCAUAAUGAUCAGCAAAAAUGUUCAUAUGUAUCGACUAGUGGAUUAAAUUUAGAAAAUGUUACUACAAAAGAACUACCCAAACACGAUUGGGAUCGUGCUGUAAGCGAAGCCGAAAAAAUUGUCGGUUAUCCAACGUCGUUUCUAAGUUUACGUUGGCUACUCAGCGAUGAAGUGGCCAACGUUGCUCCACAUUUAAGGAAAUUGCUUGAAAAUAAUCAUCCGUUACUCAAAACGGCCAAGUAAGUUUUUUGUUCAUAUAUGUAUUCUUUUUUUUAAAUUUGAAUGAAUCGUAGGUACUUCAAAUGCGAAAAAAUAAUUACGCGAAGAAAUCUAAGCGGUCCGACGAAACAAAGAAAAAACAUUUAUAGAUAAAAUUCCACAAAAUGUGGCAUACUUCAGAAAAUGUGUGUACAAUUGUGCGUUUUUUGUUCAUCGCGAAUUGUUUUCUCGCAUCG